AUGGAUGCGCCGACUUUCCGGCAGCAGCUGUUGCAGGCAUUGCCUGAGCUGUUUCCAGGUGAUGAGAACACCGACUUUCGCGGCGAUGCGGCAGUGGCUAUCGACAAGAUGUCCGCGGACUGGUCUGCUGGUCUGCUGGGCAUGCCCGUCGGCGAUCAGAAGGCGGCCAUCAAGGCAGCUGUCCGGGGGGGCAGGGGCACGGAGAUUUACAGCAACGUGAUACUGACCAUCAUUGGCAAGGAGGACGAGACCGUCAUGCCGUUUAAACGCGUCAAUCGCGGUCAGCUCGAGCGCGUCCUCGACCGGCACGGCUGCGACCUGGUGCUGGACCCCGUCGACGGGGAGCUGACCUCCAUUGUGGGCGUCGAGCUGCACGACAACUUAGUUAUGACGGCUCUGCAAGGCCUGCCGCCAUGGGAGCAGCGGAUGUCCACGGUGGAGGGCUUUGUCCUCUCGCCUGGGAGGAGCCUGGAGGAGUCCGCAACCAAGAAGGUGGUGGAACUCAUGCGACGGCAACACCCCGAGGCGGUUGCGGCGGAGAUCAGGGUCAUCAGCAGCGCCGACGGUCAACAGCGGGAGGUGGACGGCGUGGUGAUCGCUGAUGAGUGCGCUGCCAUCGUGGAGGCAAAGCAGCAGCUCACUGAGGAGGCGGUCCCUCAGCUGGAGUCCUGCCUGCGCUUUAUACGGUGA